GCGGCUGAGCGUGUGCCCAUGGCGGCUUCGCUCCUUAGCACGCGUUUGCCCGGUGAUGUGGCCGCUUCGCCCUCUGCAGUCUCAGCGCUGGGGACCGCGCGGACUGGGAUUUCAGAGAUGCUUGCAUUAGAGAACGAUUUCUUCAAUUCUCCCCCAAGAAAAACUGUUCGAUUUGGUGGAACAGUGACAGAAGUCUUGCUGAAGUAUAAAAAGGGUGAAACAAAGGACUUUGAGCUGCUGAAGAACCAGCUGUCAGAUCCAGAUAUAAAGGAUGACCAACUCAUUAACUGGCUGCUGGAAUUUCGGUCUUCCAUUAUGCACCUGACAAAAGACUUUGAGCAGCUUGUCAGUAUCCUACUGAGACUGCAGUGGUUGAAGAGAAGUCAGAAGGUGGUGGAAGAAUACUUAGCGUUUCUUGGUAAUCUUGUGUCAGCACAGACUGUCUUUCUCCGACCAUGUCUCAGCAUGAUUGCGUCUCAUUUUGUACCUCCCCGAGUAAUCAUUAAGGAGGGUGACGUGGAUGUUUCAGACUCUGAUGACGAAGACGAUAAUCUUCUUGAAAAUUUCGACACAUGUCAUAGAGCCUUGCAAAUAAUAGCAAGAUACGUCCCAUCGACACCGUGGUUUCUUAUGCCAAUACUGAUGGAAAAAUUUCCAUUUGUUCGAAAAUCAGAGAGAACAUUGGAAUGCUAUAUCCAUAACUUAUUAAGGAUUAGUGUGUAUUUUCCAACCUUGAGGCACGACAUUCUGGAACUUGUGAUUGAAAAGCUAAUCAAGUUGGAUGUAAAUGCAUCCCGCCAAGAUAUUGAGGAUGCUGAGGAAGAAGCUCAAGCUAAUGACGGGACAGAUGCCACAGAAGGACUGUUUAAUAUGGAUGAAGAUGAAGAGACGAAAGUGGACACGAGGGCUGCUCCUGCCCCGCUUGACCACAUGGUGCAUCCUGUCGCUGAGCGUCUGGACGUUCUGCUGUCUUUACUUUUGUCCUACAUUAGGGAUGUCUGCUACGUAGAUGGUAAGGUGGAUAACAACAAAACCAAGGAGUUAUAUCGAGAUCUGAUAACCAUCUUUGACAAACUCCUGUUGCCUACCCACGCCUCCUGCCACGUACAGUUUUUCAUGUUUUACCUGUGCAGCUUCAAGUUGGGCUUUGCAGAAGCGUUUUUGGAACACCUUUGGAAGAAACUGCAGGACCCAAAUAACCCUGCCAUCAUCAGGCAAGCUGCUGGAAAUUAUAUUGGAAGUCUCUUGGCAAGAGCUAAAUUUAUUCCUCUUAUUACUGUGAAAUCAUGCCUAGAUCUCUUGGUUAACUGGCUGCACAUAUACCUGAAUAACCAGGACUCGGGGACAAAGGCUUUCUGUGAUGUUGCCCUCCACGGACCCUUUUACUCAGCCUGUCAAGCCGUGUUCUAUACUUUUGUCUUCAGACACAAGCAGCUUUUAAGUGGAAAUCUGAAAGAAGGUUUACUGUACCUUCAAAGUCUAAAUUUUGAACGCAUAGUCAUGAGUCAGCUAAAUCCUCUGAAGAUCUGCCUGCCCUCAGUAGUUAACUUGUUUGCUGCCAUCACGAGUAAGUACCAGCUGGUCUUCUGCUACACCAUCAUUGAGAGGAACAAUCGCCAGAUGCUCCCAGUCAUUCGAAACACAGCUGGAGGGGACUCGGUGCAAACCUGCACCAACCCGCUCGACACCUUCUUCCCCUUCGACCCCUGUGUUCUGAAGAGGUCAAAAAAAUUCAUUGAUCCUAUUUAUCAGCUAUGGGAAGAUAUGAGUGCUGAAGAGCUUCAGGAGUUUAAGAAACCAAUGAAAAAGGAAAUGGUGGAAGAUGAAGAUGAUGAUUUUUUGAAAGGGGAAGUACCCCAGAACGAUCCUAUGAUUGGGAUAACACCAAGUUCUUUUGACUCAAGUUUCCGCAGCCCUUCCAGCAGUGUGGGGUCCCCACCAGUGUUGUACCUGCCAGACCAAUCCCCUCGGGUGGCCAGGAUUUGUGAUUGAGCGCUGCUUUGCUCCCCUUGGGCCCUGCAGUGAGGUUCCUGUUGUUCAAGCCUCUCACGUUCAAGUUAGACUGACUCCGGCAUCUGGACAAAGGGAGUUUCAUGGUUUGGUUUUGCUUUGCGUGAAGACAAAAGACUGACUGACGCCAUGUGCAGCCCUUUACAGUGGGAAUGAUGAUAAAAUGCUCUACAGCCUUUUCCUGCAAGGUGUGCUUGUGUACAUUUCCAGCCCUGCUAGCAUUCCUAAACAUGGUUAUUGAGAUCUUUGUAACAUUUGGCAAUAAUUUGAACAGAUGAUAUUUUUGACACACCUUUGGCCAAGACUUUAUGCUCUAACUUCUUUUCAGUGAAAAAUCUUCUAGGACAUUGUUGAAAAUCUCCAAGUAGAAUGUGUGUACCUUCAAUGUUACUCUUUGCUGUCCGCUGUGAUUGGAUAAGGUGGCUUUUAAAAGUUCAUGGGAAAAUUGGAAUUUUCCACGAGCUUUUGAAUGCCCCUCUUAUUUGUGUAUCGGGGUCCCCAUGGAGUGCAGAAAGAAGGACAUGAAGACAGUAGGGGGUGACCAGAGGGAGUUGGGGUUAUGAAAAGCAAGCAGGAGAGGCACUGGGAGAGAUCUGUGGGCACUUCAAAGCCAGGAGCAGAGAAAAACGAAGGGAUUUGGAGAAACAGAAUCAGACACAUUUUACACGUGCAGGAAAAAAAAAGGAAAAAAAUUAAAAAGAAGUGGGGAGACCCUCAAAGUAUAAUUCCAGGAAAUGUGUAAGUCACAUUGGCACAAAACACUUUCUGUUUUACGCGGAGGAUCUUAAGAGUCCCGUGUGAAUUGAAACAUCGUUUAUGUCCAGACUUUCAAACGAGUUAUACUUGACUAGCAUCUGUUGGUCAUCUGUAGGCUUUCUUGCUCACAUGUGAAAACAAACUUGCAUGUGACUUUGAAAGAGGUCACAGGUAGUGGAAUAGAGAGCACUACUGCGCCCCCUCGGGGCUCUUCACAUCAUGAAUACCACUUGGUGAAGAAGCCCUUCUCUGGCAAGACUCAGUAUUUUUAAAAGUAGACCCUAAGAGAGGCACAUCUAAGACAACCAUGUUCUAAAAAAAUUAUGCAAGCACUACACUGGCAUCAUUUUGAAGCUCCGUGUUUUCUUCCUUUUAGUUUCAUUCUUUGUGCAUGUCCUUUUUUGUUUACUUGUUAAAAAAUAAGCAUCUCUAAAUAUUUAUUGUAUUUACUACUUUUCCUUAUUCUUUAUUUAAGGGCCAGCACUAUUUUCUUGAUCAUAAGACUUUUGUAAUGAAAUACUUCUUUUUCCUGGAGCUUUUUAUGCUCUUGUGUAAUUCUAAUGAUGAUAAAUGUAGAAUUUGGAUUUGAAUCUGUGAAUAUAUCCUUGGAAAAUGGACAUUUUUAUUGCUUUAACACAUUUGGAAUAUUGAUGAAUUUCUUCCAAAGACAGUGAAAAGUUAUGAGAAACUUAAAGAAACCUUUUUUUUUUUUAAGUAGUGACCAAAAAAGCUGUGGACUUUUUGUAUUCUGGUUAAAAUAAAUAAAUGAAGAACAGACGCUUUAAUGUAAGAGGA